UAUAAACUUGUAAGUGGAUGAAAGUGAGUGAUAAGAACAUUAUUGGAGGGAGAGGGUGAUGGGCUAUAAUCCAACCUCUGUGCUUUAUACAUUUUGGUUUGUUGUUCAUAAUAUUCUAUGUCUAACGUUUGUUGCUCUAUUGAAUUAGAGCCUCGUACUCUGAAACAAGGCCAACUCAUCCAUGCUAGGGAGAUAGCCGCAGAUGUAGUGCAAAAGAUGAAAGCGGAAGAAGCAUACACUGUAUUCAUUAAGGGUUUAAGACCGGAGAAGCAAAUGGAUCAGAUAGAGGAAAAUAAACAUCAAGAAGAUCACCACCAGGAGCCUGUGGAUUAUUGUCAUAAGGAUAAGGGUGAAGAUUUUGAGAGUCCUUGUCAAUGUUCAGUCAUCACAAGCAACAUAGAAUCCCCAGAUCAAAUUAAUAUUAAGGAGCCACUUUCAGCUCCAUUUUGAUUUGUUUUGGAUACAUUAUUAAAUAAAUUAUGUCUAGGAUGACGCACAGGGACUUUAAAUGACUGUGUGUCUAUUGGGAAUAAUCAUGCUGUAAUUAAGCUUGUUAUUUGUAAUAUUUUGCAAUAUAUUUGUUAGUUUUACAAUUGAGAUUA